UGUUCGGUUGUGGAGUAGAGUAAAAACGGCAUAGUUUUUAGUUUUUUAGUGAGACAAAAAGUCCGAAUCGAUGUGCGUAAAUAGUCCCCGAAAUCUGCAAGUAAGCCAUUAUUCCGUAAACCGCGUAAACUAACAAAAAUUUCAUACAGUUUCGUGUAGAAAAUCCGCAGCUUUACUGCAGUGUUUUCGUUUUGGUGCAUUGUUCAGUGGCCCCCUUUAAACCAGGCCCUUACAGGGCCCCAUACACUAUAAUGGGAAUAGUUGCACGGCAACUGCCCCAACCGGUCAUGUCCAGCGUUGGCGCUAGUACAGGCACAAUGACGCAACAGCAACCCCAGCAAAUCGCCCUCCAGCAACAGACUAACGGCGGUACGACACAAGGCGGGAAAAAGCCCCUGUCAGGUGGAAGUUCGGGAGUGCCUACGCCUUCAGAAACGCCUUUACAGAAUGGUUCCAAUGGACAGGGGCCUACUCCUCCACCGAUGACAAAUGCGCCAAAAUAUGGUACUUUGGUGCCGAACCGCAUUUUUGUUGGAGGCAUAUCGGCCAGCACAACGGAAGCCGAACUGAUGCAUCUAUUCUCAGCUUAUGGCACUGUCAAAGCCGCAAAGAUUAUUCAGGACCGCGCCGGUGUGUCUAAGGGCUACGGCUUCAUCACAUUUGAGAGCGAGGACGACGCUCGGCGCCCAUUGCUCCAAGACAACAUAGUUCUCCGCGAUCGACGCCUCAAUAUUGCGCCAGCUAUUAAAAAGCAACCAUUCGGACGACCCCCUACAGCUCCUCCGUACGAUACUCAUGGUCCAUCUGACGGUAGAUCACCCGCUCCAGCGCCACACCAAGCUCUCCAGCCACCCAUGCCGCCCUUCUUUUUCGGCGGCGCGCCGCCAUUUUAUCCCGGAGCUGCCGCUUAUUACGCGCCUCCUAUGGUAGGCACGGCAGCUGCGCAAGCGCCGGUUCAAGUGUCGCAGGCUAGUCAGGAGCAAGCUGCUGUCGCUGCAGCGCAACAGGCUGUGUAUCAAACACCACAAGUUUACCAAGCACAAACAGGGCCUCCGCAAGCUGGUCCUUAUGCCUCUAUGAUGUUCCCGCAGACAAUUUAUAUGCCACAGCAGUAUCCUACAAUGAUGCCGUACGACUAUGCCAUCUACGGCGCAGGCCCGGCCGCCUCGGUGAACGGCGGCGUGCCUUCGCCCUAUGGUAGCUCGGGGCCCGCCAGCAACGGCAGCGAAACCCUACCGAGGGCUGGACCUUGCUACGGUCCAGCCCCCGGUCACACUGAAGGAACUAUUUUGUACGCCGCUCAGCCAUCACACCAUAUGUAUCACCCUGCACUAGACCCCACCGGAAUUGCGCCCGGGUCCAUUUACGCAUCAGCGGAUGGACCUUAUGAUCCUAUGGCACACCAAGCCGCCGCCAUGGGACAUUUCGGGCCACUUACAACAGCGCCAUUUAGCAUGACUGAGGAAAAUUUCUUUAUGGAACGUCCAGAAGCGAGCGGCACGCCGCGUUCAUUCUUGACGGCAACACCGCCAUCUACCGAGCAGCGCAAUACCGCCACUCCUGUAGUGUCGUUAUUGUCGCUGGACCAUCAGCAGGUAAAAGAUCCGGCCUCGAUGCAAGGGGGACGUAGACCUCCGCAACCGCCGCCACCGCAAACUAAUCAGCAACACUGCAACAUGCACCCACCUCGUCACCAAAAUCAAACUCACUACCAGAAUCACCUACCUCAACCGCACCAGCCGCAGCAUCAGACGCAGUUUAGAAGAGGGCCUAGUGUGUACCAUCAGACGAACGGCCAGUAUCCUCCGCAACAGCGCAGGGUAUUCAGUCGGCUCUACAACGGACAACACAACACGCAACACACGCAGACUUUGCCAUCCACUCAUGGACCUCCGCCAAGGCGUCCACGCAAACCGCAACACCGUAGCCACGGUACGAACAAUCCCAACAACGAAAUAGGGGCGGGCGACGCGCCUCUGCCUUCAGGCGACUUGGGCGCCCAGAUGGAGGCUCUGCAUAUUUAGUCCAAGGUAGAAGUACCAAAGUGUGAUCAGUAAAGUGAUUUUUUUUUUAUACAUACAUAUACGUAGUAGAUAAUUGGGGUCGGCUAGAUCUAGAAUAGGAAUAAAUUUUUUAUGAAAAUUAUCAGUGUGCUAUUUAGAAAAAAAAAAUUGAAAUCACCUUAAUUUAUUUCUUAAGCUCUACUUUUUCUUGAUGGAACCAAUAAUUUAUCCUAUUCUAAGUCAAAGAUCUCACUAUGUCCAUUGGGAUAGUUUUCCCAGUGAAAAACCGCCAAUGCACUUAUACAACAAUAUUAUCUAAAAAAUAUAUGGUUGUUCUUUUUUGGGCUGUUUGGCCGUCGUUCAAUCGAAAAUUUUCUUCUCGACGUCUUGCUGAUUCGAGUGCUUGGCAACUUCGGGAGAUCUGGUUCCCACAAAGGACCGAAGGUGAACUGAAUUUAGAUCACCUUCGGUCGUUUUUGGGACCAGAUCUCGUGAAGAUGCCGAGCACUCGAAUCGACGAUACGUCAAAAAGAAGAUUUUCGAAAAAACGACGGCCAAACAGCCUAAAAAAACAACAACCAUUCUUAAGUUGUGAUUGUAGCUUGUGAAACAAAUCCGAAUGGACAAAAUAAUUUGUAUUAUAUUAUAAUAAUAUAUAUGGUAGAAGCGGUAAUAUACUUAAGCGACCCCAAAUAAAAAGGUGUAGUGUCCAAUUUGUUUUGCUGCUGGGUGCCUGAUUAAUUGCAGUAGUGAUACGUAAAUUGCAACGCCUUAUGGUAAGAUGCAUGCGAUACUUAAAGCAGGCCGGACAAAAAUUGAAAAUGUCUUGUGUAAUUAGUUUGUAGGGUUUUUUUGGGGGGCCUAGGGCGAAUGUGUUACGAAAGAAAGGAUCAAAAACUUCAAAUGGAAAGUUUAUGACAAACAAGAUAUUUUUGGGAUGCGAUUUAUUUAGCUUUGGUCUUUUCUUUCUUUUUUUCCUUGCAAUAUAUGAAGGGGUGAACAAAAUAUUGAAAAUAAUUUAAAAUUCAAAAAUGACAAUAUGUAUUACUUAUUUGUGGAUUUAGAUUGGGGGGUGACAGUAUUUUUACUUUCAAAAUGGGUUCGUUUUUCACUUGCUAUAAAUGUUGCCCUUUGUUACUUUUCUGUAUGCCAUUUUGAAAGUGAAGAUUUUCAAGCUAGCGCACUCCUGCUUAAAAAUAAAAUUCAGUGAGACGCCAUUACCAUAAACUUUAAUAUGAAGCUAAGUCAAAUCGGUGGAUAUUCAGUUUUCUUAGAUUCAUAGUAUAUGAAACUUUUGUAGAUAUAUUGAUACAGAACGAAAAAAAGUAAUACUAUAAUAUAGAUAUAUAAAAAUUAUUUAAUAUAUUUUAGGUUAUAUCAGAUAUAAGAAAUAUAUAUACAACCUUAAUAUUAUUAUAUUAAAGUAUAAUACAUAUUAAAUAAUUAAUAUACUUAAAGGAUUCUCUCUUACUUGUUAUUUAAUAUAUAAGGUAUCUAGGUUUUUUUUGGCUAUAAGAUUCGUUAUAUCUCUUAAGAUUAUUUACGAUACGUUGUUUUUUUUGAAAUAACUAAAAGUCGCCAAGCAACGAUUUCUAUCAGAAUAGCUACAUUAUUCUGUGAUAUAAUGUGAAAGUAGUUUUGGGGUGAUUUUCUUUCAAAUGUAAAGCUGAACAAGCACAAAGUAUUACUCUAAUAGGCGGCUAAUUUUGUUGAUUUUUGAUAGAAACAAAAUUAAAAAAAAAAGACAAUGUGAUUGUAUGAAAUCACAAUACAUAAAAAUGUCAAAAUGGCUUUUAGGCAUGGAAAAUUGCUUAUUAAUAUCUCGUGUCCAGAUCAUUUGAAAAUUUAGAUGUAGAAAUUCCGAAAAGUUAUUUUGACAUUUCCAGUUUUUGGAUCACACGUAGGCGUUCCAGAACAAACUUGACAAAAAAGUGAGAUUCUUGCUCAAAAAAUGGUUGCCAUCUUUCGCGUAGUAGGCUUUUUCGUAUAGACGCGCCAGUUCAAGCCAGCUUCUUGGUCCCUUGGUCUUGACAAAUUUGACAGUUUUUCGACCUAAUUUUCAGUACUUUGAGUUGCUAUUUUUUGAUCUCAUUUUAUUAUUUUUAUUGUUUAUACAAGGUGAUUUUCAAGUUUGUAUAUGUUAAGUUAAAACUCAAAUUUCAGCCAAUGUAUUUUACUAUUUGGUUAUUUCCCAAUAUUUUCAUAGUAUAAUUGAUGGAUUUGAUAGUUUUUAAUUUAAGGAUAACGCACACCUUACAUGGGGUUUUUGGGCUCUAUGGAUUUUGCCCAUUUUUUGAUAUGUUGUAGAGGAUUUAAUUCUGAACAACUUUUAAAUAAUAGGACGAAAUCUGGUAGGUAUUACGGUCUUUGAGAUAUGAGCGUUGAAAGAUAAACUAUUUUGCGACUUUUUGUGUGGAGAGUAUACAAGAUACUGGUGCUGGUUUAUCAAUCAAAAUAUUGACAGGUUCACAUAUUUUACGUCACUUAAAAAUUAAUGCCAAUUUAGGUUAAGGCCAGUCCCGAUCUUAGCCUAUGUUGACAUUUGUUAGUGACGUGAAAUAUGUCGAUCUGUCAAAAUUUUGACCGAUAAGCACCAGUUUUUUUAUAGUCUCCACACAAAAAGUUGCAAAAAAGUUCAUCUUUCAACGCUCAUAUCUCAAAGACCGUAAUACCUACAAGACUUCGUCCCAUUUAAAGGUUGUUCAGAAUUAAAUCCUCUACAACAUAUAAAAAAAUGGGCAAAAUUCAUUGAGCCCAAAAAUCCCAUUUUAGGUGUGCUUUAUCCUUUGCAACCCGAAUUGAUUAAAAUAACGCGCCUUUUUAACAAUGUUUUCAAGCCUGUCUGACUUUGAGAAAAUAUAGUUGCCUGAGAGAUCUCAUCACAAUACAUAAUUAUAAUAUCACGUUUCUCCUUAGUUUGUGUGCAAAAUUACAUUUUGAAAGCAAACAAAACCAUUUAGGGCCAAAUUAUGGACUGACUGGUAAACGUCUGGUUGUUACUUAAGAGGUACUUUCUAUGAUGAUAAUAGAAAAUACCUGCUAGGUAACAACUAGACACUUACCAGUUGGUCCAUAAUUUGGCCCUUAAGGUAAUACAUAGUUUGCUCAAAGUAAGGAAGUAAAUGUUGAUAAUAAUCUUUCUAAAAGUCUGAAACAAACUCUUCAGUUAGAAAUCACCUUGUAUUAGAUUGUUCUCAUAGCUCACCUCUUUGUGAUAUUAUUUUUUCCUUUUGUAAAAACCAAACUGUAAAAUUUGUUAAGGGCUUCAAGGGAUUUUUUUCAUCUGUCAAUUGGUUAUCUAGUCAAUUUCUUGACAGCUGUCAAAUGAAAACAAUACAAAAAAAGACGACGAGAAGUGUCAAUUUCGCUGCUUUCAUUUAAAAAUAAAUCUCGUUAAUUCUUCAUAGGCAAGCUGCUAAUUUUUUCAUUAAUCAUUUAGUUUUCGAAUAAUAAUUAUGUAUAGUUUGUUUUUUUCUUUUAAAAUAACUAUUUUCUUGUUUAAAUUUUAGGCUGUGACAUUUAUAAUAUUAUAUUGAUAAUAAUUGUUGAAUUUUUGUAGAUUUUUUAUAACGAUGCCGCUCUCUCCUCCAGGGAGCGUGAGUGGCAAAUCUCAACCGCGAAUCAAAAUUUUAAUAAAAACCAUCGUUAAUCCUUGAUCAAAAAUAGACAGUGUUUCAAAUGAGCCUAAAAUAAUGCACACACGUUUUUUCUUUAUUUCGAUAGUAAAGAAGAUACAAUGCCAAAUUUGUACGUUUUUUAGUUAAGAAAAAUAGGGGCGUGGCAAGUAGGGCGUUGUUUAAUAACAGCAAACUUCGAUAAACAUUUUGCGCCCUUGUGUACCACGCCUAUAUUCACGGAUGAGUCUUAAAACAUCACUAAUUUUAUGUCACUAAGCAACGCCCUGGUACGCUAUUAUUCCAUUUUUUUUUUCAAAGCAGCCCCCCUAUUAUAAUAAUUAUUUAUCUGUUUUUUGUUUUUUCCAAAGAUUUAUCUAGUAUUUAGUUUGUAAAAGAUAGAUUGUAAUAUAAACUAUUAAUAUGUAAUGGUUUUUAAAAUAUGUAGUAAUUUAUUAUUAGAAUCUAAUCGAGUAGGAUGUAAGUUAGUAAUAGAUAAUUAGGACACUUAUAUCAUAUCUAAUAUAUGAUGUAUGAAAAUAAUAAUAUUCAAAGGCCAAAACGUCCUAUAUAGGCUAUGAUUAUACUGAUAAAAUAUGUUUUUUGAUACUGUAGAUUUUUCUAGUUGAUCAUUUUUGUUUAAACCGAAAUUAAUUGAAUAUGAAAAUGAACUUUGCCACACAUCUCACAUGUUUUUUUUUUUUGUUUCUAACAUUUUUAUCCUGCAUUCCUUUUAAAAAUACAUACACACAUACAUUAGUACCUGUCAAGACCUGAAAUGUACAUAUUAUUUUGUUGAGAAAAAACUAAAUAAUGUAUUCCCGUGUUAUUGUUGAAGAAAUUUUACGAGAUUUUAUUCUAUUUUUUUGUUGUCUAUUGACAGUUACUGCAUAAGAAAAUGUGUAUUAGCUUGUAAAUCUUACCAGUUUUUUUCUUUGUAAUAUUGUUGUUGGAAAUAUUUUAGGAACCAAAUAAUGCAUGAAUUUGAAUCAAUAACAAGUAUAAAUCAGGUCACACAAAUAUCUAUUGGAAGUUCCAUUAUUUUCAACUCGAGCUGCCUUUCUGCAAAUGUAUGACAUGUGAUGUUUACAUUCUCCAAGUCUAAUGAGAUCCCCUUGGGCUGGGAAUCUGUAACGAAUAGAGAUAUUUUCUCUAUCUUUAUUGGCGUCCCCUCUCUAUUGAUUUAAAAAAAAAAAGAGAAGAUAAUAGAGUCUCAGCCCUGGUGCCUGAUUCUCGAAUCGAGGGAGAGAGAUAUGAGAACAAGUGGCAUUCUCAGUUGUAUGCAAAAUCUGAUGUGAGUGACCGAGAUAGAAAAUGUGUUCUCAUGAGAACGCUGCUUCCUUGUUCUGAGAAUAAAGCACCUGUCAUGUGAGAAAAAAAAGUUAUACUAAAUUGGAGGUUUACAUGACUAUGUAAGAGACACUCGUAGAUGAAUUGGAAGUCUCAAAAAUAUCAAAUAUCGAAGGCAUAAACAAAGAUAUCUUCUCGUCACUGUCUCUAGGUUCUUGCUAAUAAAAUUUAUUAUUCCAGAAAUCCAGAAUCUUUUGCAUUGGAAUACUAUUACAAUGUUCAUAAAAUAUUUUUACAUUAAACAAUGCCUCGAGACAAAAGUCAUUAAUCACCCUUUGUAAGAUAGCAAUGUGUUUUUGUCACAUAUUUGUCAACUCUUUUUGGAAGAUUGUAUUUUUUUUUGUAUGUGUAUAUACAAUUACAAUAUAUAAAAUAAUUAUACAUACGCGGAAUAUACUUAAAUCCAGAGAUGCUCUACUCAAGGUUGUGCAUAAACAAAAAUGUUUAAAAAAAGAAAAUACACAUUCUAAGGUUGUAUAGUAGGAUAUUAUAAGCCUAGAUCAUAAUGCAUCUAUAUACCUGUAGCUGUAGACUUCUAGAAUGUAGAAUUUUGUAGUCGUAAUAAAAAAUAAGGUUAAUAAUAGUAAGGGAGGGUUUACAAAGGAAUAAGGAUGUGAUGGCAUAAUACAGAUGCUGUUUUGAUGGUGACAAAGAGAAAAGGAACUUUUGGAUUCUUUUAUUUGAUCAAUAUACUUUAAUAGUUAUGUUUUGAGGUUCAUUACAGUAACGAGGGGGGAAUAUUGCCAUGACGAGGGUGUUGUAAUGAGCUUUACCGUAAGUGUGAUAUACAACAUUUUAUCUACGACCUGCAUAAUAAGUGACUAUUGUCGUUUUUCUAUUUUAAAUAACUAUCAUGUGUGGUUAUAUUAAAAAUAAUGACCUCUUACCGCACGGCGGCGCACUACUGCGAUAAAUGUACGCAUUAUGAUUAUAUUGUUACACAACAUUAAUAUGGAGGAGUAGGCUUGGGCAUUUGGUUUUUUGAGUGGUCAGUACUGAGGCCAUGUACCCCAGAUGGUCUAACCUUAAUUAUUUUUGGAAGACCACUAAAGUAUUUAAUUUUAAGGUUAUCUCCCCUAUGGUUAACUCUUUCUUGCAUUUCUGUUAACAAUUUCUUGAGGUAGCUUCGCUGCAGGCUUGUUUGGUCUCACUUUAUAUACAUAUUGCUCUCUUUAGGUAGAUUAUUUUUGUUAUGAAGCACUUUACAAGGGAAAAAUCGCCUUGUUUGACCUUCUUUUCUCUGGAUUGUAGAUUCCUACUCUGACAACUUUAAGGUUACUUUUGGCAGUAUCUCUGCUGACACAAUCCAGUACCCCCUCAACCACCUUCACGUCAUUUGCUUUUCUUUCAUCAACACUGUUACUCCUGGACUCCUCAGCCCCAAAUAUAAGAACAUUUAAUGCUCUAACCUCCCUUUCCUGCCAUUCUAAGUGUAGGUUGCAUUCCCUCCGACUGCUGAUUUCCAGAGACUGUAUGCACAACUGGGGUUGUAAUCUUGUUGUUUAACUCUUGAACAUUAGUUUUUAAAGCUUUUGCUUCUUCCUUCAGGUUGGAAACGAUAUCGGCAUAGCUAGAGGAUGAGUUUUUCAGAUCUUGAAUGUCCAUUUGCAUUUUAACCAGCUCUGUUUUGAUAUUUGCUAUGCAGAUCCUUGAUCUCCGUCUCAAUUUGAGGUAUUUUUUUGUUAGGUGCAAGCAGCAGCAUAUUCAUUUAAUUAUUACCGCACUAGUGCCGUAAUAGGGCUCAUUACGUAAUGCAAAUGAGCGAAAAUUAGCGACAUAAUAGUCACUUAUUCUGCAGGUCGUAGAUAAACAUAAUUUCUAUAUUCUGGUUGGAGCAUUGGUUCGAACCAAUCAAACAGAAGCUGCUCUGGAGUCCAUGUCAAUUUAGCUUGAAAUACAAUUGAAUUGAAUAUCUUGAAACUUUUAUCUGCUCUCACUAGUUUCAAUGCUCAAAAAAGACCUGCUCUGCAUUGACACAGUUCAAUCAGCUUGCUCCAUCUCAAAGUUUUCGUAUUUAAACAAAAUCCAAUUAGUUUAUGUCAAUUAUCAUAAAUUCUGUCAAUAUAAAAUUAUCCACCACAAAUUAUGUCAAUUUCUCGUACUAAUAAUCAUUAAUAUGUUUAAGAAAGACAGAAACAAAAGUUCGUGUCCGAUGAAGCCAAAAUUUUUUGUGAUAGAAUGUCCGAGGCGUACCUAAUGAUUUUUCGGAAAACUGUGUUCAAAAAAUCUUUUAAAAAAACGAGUAGGUAGAAAAUACGCAAGGUGCUCUAGAAGCUUGGGAGUUUGUGUUUUAGAUACGUGGCAAGGUUUCGUUUUUUUUUUUACCGAAAAGUAGUACAAAUAGAGCAUCCUCCGUAUAAAAAAAGGAAUCUCCUUAAUGAGCUGCUGAACAGAAAAAAAAUACAUGGAAAACUCAAAAAAAAAAUAUACGUAGAAAUAAAUAUCUUAACAUAUAAACAAUAAUAAUUUAGAGAAAAAAGUAAUAAUAUAAACGCAAUACUUUUAGUAAAGUAGAUUUUAAGGCUACCUUUUAAACGGCGACUAUUGUUUGCGAUAGUCCAGAUUCUUAGACUGUGUUUUUAAUGUAAACCCAACUUUAGGAGCGCAUGCAUAGGAACCAUAGUUAUUUUUGCAAACUGAUUUUAGAUUGCAAAUAUUUACUCGGUCAAUAUUCGUGCGCUCUUAAGUGAAUUCCUGUGAAUUUGAAAUCAAUGCAAGCCCAAAAUUUUUGUAGGGGCAAAAAAAACCAGAAUCGUACUCGGUCGCAAACGGCAGUUGCGUAGAUAAGAAAAAAAAGUGAGAAUUACUUAAUUGAAGUAAGGAUAAACUCUUAGUAUGUAAGGCUCUAUGUACAAAACCUAAAGGAUAAUAAAAACACUAUAAUAUAUACAGUAAGAAAUUUGUGUUAUUUAUUUCACUCUUAUUUUUAUGGAUUUCUUUGAGAAUUAUAGCGGAAAAAAAAGGCAAUAAUUUUCAAUUGGUAAAAAUGUUCAGUUUUGGUACACUAAAUUAUUACAAGCAAUGGCGUGCAUGUUGUUUUUCACGAAUAAACGUAUUACCAAAUUGCAAAUUAUAACAAACAAUAUUGAUAUAUGUUGGCAAUACAAUGUGAAACUGUCGAUGUAGUGUUUUGACCUCGGCCAAAAAUGGACAAGGCAUUCGUGAAAAAUAGUACUUUUAUUUAUAUUUUAAUUAACAAUAAUAAUUAUUGCCAACAGUAUUUUAUAUUUUUCUAUAAACAAUACUGGUUGAAUAAAGUGUACCUAUUACUCUAAUAAAAUAUAUACAUAUAAAAUAAAGUACAUAAUAGGUCUAUUCGCACAGAAAUCACAAACCAGAGUGAAUUUCAUUGGUUGAUACUAGUUUUCUGACUGUUUUCAACCAAUGAAAUUUGCUCUGACUGGUUUGUGAUUUCUGCGGAAACAGACCUACAAUCUACCUAUAUAAAAAAAGGUAAUACAAUGGCAUCAUCUGCAAAUAAUGAUAAUCACAAAAUACAUACAUAGACUUAGGAUAGAUAUCAUGGAGAUAUAUUUGAAGUGUGAUCCAAAAUGUAUACUUUGUUAUUUUGUCACUUAAAAUUUCAAUUGGGAUCUGAAGAAUGUAUAUCUAUCAAAUUCUCACAGACAUCAAAUGCUUCCCAAAGACAAUUAUUCAAAUUUGCAAUUUUUAAAGAUAAAAACGAUAUUUUUUAGUUAAAUCAAAAGUGGCAGUAUCUCCACCUCAAACUUCUAGCAGACUGAAAAAAAUAAUCAAAAUUUCCUAGUAGACCAAUUCAGGCUCCACCAAGUAAAAUAACCCUUUGGUAUCACACUCCAAGUACAUCUUAAAAUAUCAAUAUUCAUUUAUUUCAGUCCCACGAGUCCGAUGAAAAAUGGUCUUCUUCGUUUUCCGCCCUCAAUUCGUCUUCUUCCUCAUAUGUUUUUCCUGACAAAUGACUCAAACCCUCUCCAGCGUAGGAUAAUAGAGGUGAAACUUCCACCCCCAAUCCUUGACAUUCACUGCCAACCUUUUCCACCCACGUUUUGUGUAACGCCAUCAAAUCCUUGGCCGCCGUGAAAAAACAAUCUUUAUUGGUGUCGUCGCUGUUUUUUAUUGGAGAAAAUUCUUGUGACCUCUCUAUUUGCCAGACAAGGCAGUUUUGACUGAAACCGAUCACGUCAAAUAUAAACUUUUCGAUUUUAAUACAGUUGGGUGUCGGAGACCAGAUUUUGUCCCCGUCUGGUCCUAUUUGGGUAACUGUUUUUUUAGCAAUAUGAAGUGUCAUGUCAUCAGCGUGUUCUGUCGAUACUUUUUUCAGGAAAUCGGUAGUGAAAAAGUGAUUGCAAAUGUUGCCAGCAUUAAAAAAUAAACCUUCUUCGGCAGUUUUUGUCGACUUCAGCAGUGAUGCUGUAUUUUCAGGGAUUUGACUAUAUUCUACUACUUGGACUUGGUCUUUUACUUUUACUACUAUGCCUAAAGGUUCUUCUGGGUCUGUUUUUUUAAUUACUUUCAAACC